GCAGAGGCUCGGGAUGCUUCUUCUUCUGCUGCUCCUCGCCAAGGGGCAGCCGCGCCUUCGCCCAACCCGCGGCUAUAAAGCGCCCUCCAGCUCGGACACCCCGAAGCCUCCCAGGAUGGAGGAGCCCUCGUUGCUCGACGCCGCUGCUGCCUUCUCUUUCUACGACGGCGGCGGCUCCUCUUGCCUGUCUUCUUCGCCCGACCAAGAGGAUGAAGAGGAGGAAGAGGAGGAGGAAGAAGAGGAGCACGUGCGGGCCCCGUCGUCGAGCCACCCGCAAGGCGGCGGCCCCUGCUUGCUGUGGGCUUGCAAGGCCUGCAAGAAGAAAGCGGGCGGCGGCGGCGGAGGGGGGCCCGGGGAGCGUCGCAGGGCGGCCACACUGCGGGAGCGGAGGCGCCUCAAGAAGGUCAACCAAGCCUUCGAGGCCCUGCGGCGAUGCACGGCCUCGGGCGCCCCCGGGCAGCGCCUGCCCAAGGUCGAGAUCCUCCGCGACGCCAUCCGCUACAUCCAGAGCCUCCAGGAGCUGCUCCACGACCACUACUACCGCCUGGGAGGCCACGGAGGGUCCCAGCCCGACAGCCCCCUCUCCACCUGCUCCGACGGCGGAUUGGGUGAAUGCAACAGCCCCAUGUGGACCAGGAGAAACAGCACUUACAGCAAUGUCUACUGCUCUGAACUUCCACGUGAAGUGACCACAGCCCUCUCCAGUUUGGACUGUUUAUCCAGCAUUGUGGACAGAAUCACCUCCCCGGAUCAGGCCGGGCUCUCCCUGCAGGAUGCAGCGGCUUCUCCUUCACCCGGUGCCAGCCCUCUUUCACAGCCAGGCAGUCCCCAGAGCCCUCACCCCAAGCUCAUCUAUCAUGUACUGUGAACGGCCUGAGAUUUGAAACCAGCUUGAAGAUCGCUUUGGCAUUUCUAAGAACGCUGGGCGGCAACAAGGAAACUCUCCAUUGAAAUAUGAGGCUCUUGGAAUUCAAGUGGACCAAAACAAAAAGUGUACCCUGAAGUACCACUUUUAAAAUGUGUAUAUUUGUAUAUAUAUAUAUUUGCCCUAUCCCCUCAUUCAAAGGAAUAACAUUAUAUUUAACCAAACAAUUCUAUUUGAAUAUUCUAUAUUAUAGUUAUAUAUUGAGGUUUUGAAUUUUUUGACAUUAACAUGAUUAUUAUUGUCAAGAAAGGAAGGAGUGCAGUUGGAGGUAAAGCGGACUGUGCUCUGGCAUGCCCAAAAGAUAUGCCAUGUUAUGUUUACAGAGGUUUUCCUUUUCCUAUUGCUAUAAGGUGGUGUGGCUUAACUAUUUUUAAUCCGCCAAAGUUACAAGUGCAACCUGUAAAUAGUUUUUUUAGGGUCAGCUCUUGCAUUAAUCAGAUAUAGGGAGCCUAUCUCCAGAAUCAGGUCCUGGCAAAAUUGUUGUUUGUUGUUAUUAUCAUGUAUCCUGAAAUUGUUUCUUAAGGCAAACCUAGCAUGGGUUUUUGGGGCAUGAUUUGUUCAGAGUUUGUUUUUGCUGCCCUCUGAGGCUGAGAGAAUGCAACUUACUAAAAGUCACGCAAGUGGGUUUCCAUAGUUAAGAGGGGAUUUGACCCAUGUCUUACAGAAUCAUAAUCCAAAAGCUCAAACCACAACACCAUGCUGCAUUUCAAAUUGUCAUGAUUUAUUUUAUAUUAUACAUUUACUACUUUAUUGUGGUUUUCCUUCAAGUUAUUUCUGACUAAUAGCCACCCUAAUGCAAUCCUAUCCAUGACUGAGCAGGAAUUGAACUCUGGUCUACAAAGCCUCAGUCCAACAUUCAAAUAUACCGGCUCUCUAGUUUUAUCAAUUGGCACAAGGUUCAAAUGUGUGGCUCUGUUAUCACUUUUACUGCCUCAGAACAGAAUUGUGGGAAGGGGAAUAAACUAUAUUUCAGAGACUUCCAGGAAGAUUCUAGGAGUUAGAACCCACAAAGUAAUUUUUCCAGGAUCUCCCUCACAGCUAUUGGUUUUGAUUUUGAUUUUGUUCUUGAACCAAAAGGUCCCAGUGCAUAUUUAUAUUCUUUAUCUUGCUAUUUCCACUCAGGCUAUCUCCCUAAAGCAGUGGUUCUCCACCUGUGGGUCCCCAUGUAUUUUGGCCUACAACUCCCAGAAAUCCCAGCCAGUUUACCAGCUGUUAGGAUUUCUGGGAGUUGAAGGCCAAAACAUCUGAGGACACACAGGUUGAGAACCACUGCCCAAAAGGGAGCUGUGGACUUAAGAGCUUUGAUGAGCUUUCUUCAAAUGAAAUUAGUAGAUGAAAACUGUAAUUCAAGUCUGGUUAUGUGUUUGUUUUAUAGUCAUGCACUCAAUAAUCAUCAUAAUAAAAGUCUUACUGUUUUGUU